AUGGCCUCAAUCCAAGCGGCAUUGACUAACGCACGUUCUGUGCUCGAUGCCAGCGAGCUCAGCGUGAGGCAUGUCCUCACCACCCUCUCUGUGGUCUUUCUCGUCUCGCGGAUCGUGGCGUAUCGUCGGAAGUUGCAGGCUGUGAGCAGUGUGCCAGGAUUUCGAGUGCCUUUCUAUCCCCUCGGCGCACCUGGUGCUCUGCUCCCCACGACAUGGUGGAACCCUGCGAUUUACUGGGCGUGGAAUUGGAGGCAUACCGUGUACAAGCAGUAUGGCAACGACACGAUCUCCGUGGCACCCUUCGUCGUUGGCCCAGCGGGUUUCUACACUGCCAAUCUCGAUAUUGCGAGACAGGUCGCGGGAGGAGGACACAAGACGAGCUUCGUCAAGCCUAAAGAGGCCAGCAAGGCGCUCCUACUUUGGGGCAUGAACUUGGUCACGGCGGAUGGGAACACCUGGAGGAACCACCGACGGAUCAUGGGCCCGGCUUUCAACUCUAAGUUGUAUGAGCUGGUUUGGAAGCAAACGCUGAAUACAUACUAUGAAAUGGUGGCUGCUGAGAAGUGGUCAGAUAAGAAAGAGAUCGAGGUUCCUACCGUCCAGCUAUUGACCUUCAAGCUCGCCCUCCUCAUCAUCGCGAAAUGCGGCUUCGGCUUCUCCUUCAACUGGGAGGACCCGCCUCGAGCCGCAGACGGGACGAUGACCGUUCAAGAAGCCCUGCGUAUCGUGGCCGAUCACCACAUGCUCAUGAUCUUCCUCCCGAAAUGGAUCCAGAACCUGCCGUUCAAAAAGCUCAAGGAGAUACGCGAGGCGCGCGACCAGCUGAUGACGUUCAUGCACGACCAGGUCGCGCAGAGGAGGGCCGAUAUCCGUGAUAAGGGACCAGAGCAGGAGACAGCGGCGGAUGCGUUUACGAUGCUCGUCAAGGCGAAUGAGGAUGAGGUGGCGAAGUAUAGGUUGGAUGAUGUUGAGCUGAUUGGCAAUGUCUUCGUAUUACUCUUUGCAGGACAUGAAACCACAGCGCAUACAUUCGCCGCCACGCUUGCCUUCCUCGGUCUUCACCAAGACAUCCAAGACGACGUGUACCAGCAGGUUUUCUCAGUCCUAGGCCACGAUCGCGAUCCGACUCUUGAAGAAUAUAACAAGCUUGACAAAGUCCUCUGCGCUUUUUAUGAAGCCCUGAGGAUGUUCCCUGCUGGAUACGUCAUGAUCCGCGAAGCCUUUGAGGAUACAGUUCUACAUGUACCGAAUCCCGUAGGACAAGAAGGUAACACGACGUUGGCGGUGCCCAAGGGCACGCAGGUUGUUGUUGACAUGAUUGGCGUUCAGUACAACCCACGCUACUUCGACGAGCCGGAGAAGUACAAGCCUUCACGGUGGUACGGUGUGUCGAACGAGUCUGAGGCGUUCUCGGCGUUCAGCAUCGGUCCACGCGCAUGCAUUGGCCGCAAGUUCGCCACCACCGAAGCCGUCGCAUUCCUCUCAGUUCUCCUACGUGACUACAGGGUCGAGCCUAUCUACCAGCCCGGCGAGACGAAAGAGCAGUGGCAGGACCGCGUGCUUUCUGCGCAAUAUUGUGCUUACGCUUGGGGUUUCGAAUGUGCCAAUUAG